GUCCUCAGAACCCCUCACAAUACUCUUUUUGUGCGCUGGGCCAUUGGUCCCCGAGGCUCUUGGAUCUUUGUUGGGCGUUCUUUAUUCUUGCAUAUUUGGCUAUUAUAAUUGUGUCCCCCCGAGUAUAGCAACUGGAAGUUGCGCAUUCAUUCUCCAGUGACCCUGCCGGGUGCCAGCAGAUCUUCCCUGGUUAUUCUCGGAGCUCAGCGACAAACGAAUGUGUAGAGAAUAGAGGACUUCACUUUUACUUUUGCUUUUAUUAUAUGAAAUAUUUGACGAAAUUUACAAACCGUGUGUUAUAAGUACACUACAAUCUCACCUACGGAAACUGGAAUACAUGAGUUCCACAAGGCUCAGGAAAGUGGUUCGCCUAUAAAUGUGUUUCAACCCACAAUGCCCCCAUGGAUAACUGAAGACGACGAUGAGGAUGGCGAACACGGCCAUAUCACCCCACAAUUGUCGUUUACACCGCCUUCUCCUGGUGGAUCUGACGACUCGGAGCAGGAUGAUGAUCCAAGCCCAUCACCGGAGUCUCCUGUGGAAAUGUCAGACUCCUUCCUCGAGGAUGACUCUCUCGUUGAGCUAAUUGACACCGCUCUUGAUUUACAACCGAAACCACAAAAGAAGGUCCUCCGCCACCUGCGGCAAUCUGAAUUCAUAUACCCGUUAUCACGUUAUCAAGGCAAUGCACCACCGCUUCCCUUGUCCAAGGAGUGGCAAGUGGUGAAGGAAUUCCAGGAGUUGGUAAAACAAGAGAAUUCGACUGGGCUUAAUGCUUCCUAUGGCGAUGACAAAUUCCUCCAGAUCGAACUGUCUCAGUUCUUUAUCUAUCUGCCAGGAACGAAUGGCCACCACGCCUACGAGAUGACUGGUCUACAGGACCUGAUGACUCGAACAGGGAACCCAUCGUACUGUUUUGAUGGCAUAUUGAGUGUCGGAGGACAGAAGAGAUAUGUGCAGGGCGUUCCGUUCAAGCUUGUUUCGGUUGCUGGGUAUGGGAUAGAAUUCGACGAGGUCGAACAUGUAUGGAUCAAGUCAUGCGCAAACUCAAGAUCGAAUGUCUACUACCGACUGAAGGACCCUCACCCACACUAUAAGAGAUACCAUGAUGGGUACCUGUGGCUGGCCAAUCUAUCGAAGCACUUUGUCGACUACGCUCUGGAGGUUGCCGAAUCGGGUGGUAAAGUGUCUAUCCACAACUUCAGACACGAUUUUGCAGAUUGGAUGGACAAGGAACACGACGAGUCGGUCUCAUUCCAGGAGUGGUUAAAAAAACAUAGUGGUCGAGAUUUCCGGUCGGCGCUCACGUCCAAUAUUGAUUUCGUCGCCAAAGACGCCAUUGGAACAUAUAUGUUGGACGACUUGGACAUAUGGGCUGAAGUAAAAUACAAGACAGCCAUUCCGUUUCAUCAGCCGAAGGAAACUAUGACAGUCGUCACCCCGUAUGUGUAUGACUGCUUCGAGCAUAUGAAAUUCGCCAGCCAUCUGAAGAAGGUCCAUCCAUCCACUCAAAGCCAGAUUCGCCGCGAGUCUCAGGGAAAUGCGCUGCAUCUCACCUUGGAUGCAGAGUUCACCGAAGAGAACCUUGACUUGCAAGCUCAGACAAGCAUCACUCCGACUGCCAAGUCUCUCAGAGUGAAAAGGUCAUUACAACAGUUCUGUUCGAGGCCAUUCAGCAUUAGAUCUAUUUCUGUUGGCGAUGUCCUCGGAGUGAAGACAGAUGGAGUUGGUAGUAGCUGGAAAGACGAGGAAAGCCAGUGGAAAGAACCAGAUGAGUGCUGGUAUGUUUACGUCCAAGGGGUUCACACCACCCAGAGCGGAAACCGGUCAUUCCAUGUUCUUUGGCUAUACAGACCAGCCGAUACAGCCUGUGCGCUGAUGAAGUACCCACACGACGACGAGCUCUUUCUUUCGGAUAAUUGCAGCUGCAGCACUUCUCGGAUAUCGGAGGACGAAGUUCUCUGCAAGGUCUCUGUCGCCUGGAAUGGUAGUCCAGGCCAAACCGAAGCAGACUUCUUUAUUCGGCAAACCUAUCAGGGCGACAACUCGUUUGUUACAUUUAAGGAAGAGCACAAACAAUGCGAGCAUUUGGCCGUCGAUGUUACCACCCCCAUAGAAAAACUCGCAGAGCAGUACACAAUUGGCGACACUGUCCUUGUUAAUCCCAAAGGAUGCUUCAAGUCAAACUUCGGCCUGGAGCCAUGUGAGAUUGUAGGGUUUGUGCAAGGGAGAAUAAGUUUUGUUAGAGUCCGGAGGCUGCUACGGCGCCACGAGAUCGAAGAUGACACGCUUGCAAGACCAAACGAACUGGUAUAUAGUAACGAUAUGGCCAGCAUUGACGCCAACGAAGUUGAUCGUAGGUGCUUUGUGCGCUUUUACAACCAGAGCCAGGUCAUAAAUAAAGAGGUCCCUGCCCCUUACUGCCGUGACGGCACUGGCGAUAUGUUCUAUAUCGCAACCCGUCUAGUGAGGCUAGAUGAUAAAAACCACCUGAGAGAGAUUGAUUCAACCAGCCGGCCACAAUCACUAAUCCAAGGUUUCGAUCCUACACAGCCUCCACCAUUCCGACGCCUGCGUGGUCUGGAUAUGUUCUGUGGCGGAGGGAAUUUUGCCAGAGGUCUUGAAGAGGGGGGUGCGAUUAAGUUCACCCAUGCAGUCGAUAUGGCGCCAAACGCGAUUGCCACCUAUUAUGCCAACGCCGAAGAUCCAAAGACAACCCAAUUCUUUUGUGGCUCUGUUGACGACAUGCUUAUUAAAGCCUUGAGUGGUAACGCAGAAGGAGCACCAGAGAUACCAUUGCCGGGGGACGUCGAUUUCAUCGCAGCAGGUAGUCCUUGUGUUGGAUAUUCAAUCCUCAACCCAAACAAAGACUCGCCUCAGGGCCUAAAAAACCAAUCCCUCAUUGCUGAUGUGGCGUCGAUGAUUGAUUUUUACCGACCCAAAUACGCAUUGUUGGAGAAUGUUCUAACAAUGGCGCAGAAAGGCAAAGGAAGAAGUCGUGAUUCUCUGUCUCAGCUCAUUUGCUGUAUUGUUGGUAUGGGGUAUCAACUCCAGGUCUACGUUUUGGACGCAUGGAGCUUUGGGAGUCCGCAGGGUAGAAGCCGUCUUUUCGUCUCUGUUGCAGCCCCUGGAUUUAAGCUGCCACCACGUCCUGAAUGUUCUCAUUCUCAUCCAAACGGCACGAGUGAUCGUGGUUUAGGGACGAUGGCGAAUGGAAAGGCAUUUGGCGAAAGAUUGUUCGUGGAGACUCCAUUUAAGUUUGUUUCUGCUGCUGAAGCUACCGAGCACUUACCAGACAUUGGUGAUGGUCACCCAGGCCACUGCUCCCAGUAUCCAGACCAUCGCCCAUCGAGAAGCCCGAGAGAAACGCUGAGACAACACAUGAACAUCAUUCCCUUCAGCCCCCCUGGUAUGAACUUUAUCAAAACAUGGAAGAAUCGACAUAUCACCGGUAUGACCCAGCACGACUACGAAAAUUUCAAUACCGUAACGAAGAAAGGGAAACAGCGGCAUAGUGCAAUGGACUUUUCGAGGGCCUACGGACGCAUAGUUCCCACCUCUCUGUUUUCAACUAUUGUCACCAGCUGCUCGCCCGAGAAUGCCCGCUCUGGCCGUGUCCUCCACUGGAGCCAGCCACGCCUGCUUACAACCGAGGAGGCGAAAAUAGCACAGGGGUUCGUGCAGGGGGACGCCUUGACCGGAACUCGUGGCGAGCAGUAUAAAAUUACUGGCAAUAGUGUUGCGCGUACUGUUGCGCUGGCUCAGGGUCUCUCUUAUAGAGAGGUCUGGCUUAAAAAUUGUCCUGAAGAAGAUGAUACGGGCGAACUCCCUGUUGCUGAACAGAUCCAGAAGCAAAUCUUUGCUGACAUGAUGAUAUAUGAUGACCGAGCCGGGUUGACAGUCAUGCCUGACCCACACUCUUCCUCCGGGUCUGAAGAUCGGUACUGUCAGGCGUUAGACAAACUUAAGCUCACCUCUCCUGCGAAAACAGACGAGGACAGUUCAUCACGGACCAGUUCAACGUCCGGGGUCUCACAGAACCCACGCACGCCGUCCAAGAAGUCAAGCAAGGCCACCAUGCGCGGCCCUGGCAACCUCUUAACUCCCCAAACUACUCACAAGCGCCACAUUAUCCAAGACGACACCCCAAUCAGCCCAACAACUCCACCCCCCUCCCUACCAAAAUCCCGCUUUCCGCCCACCGUCGCUGCGCGUCUCGGCGUAGACGUUGCAGCUGUACGUGCUGAGCACGCGAUGGAACAGGCCGCAAAGCGGAAGGCUGAGCAAGUUGCAGAUGCGUCACGAUUUUCGAUAUGGAAGGCCAUAGAAGAAGCGUUUGGGACUGAAGAGGAGACUUCGCGGGCGGGGAAUGUAUCGAAGGCUAAGCGCACGCCGUUACCAGUGAGAGCGCCGGCGAGGGCUGCGGUGGCGGAUGAAAGUAAGCCGUUGUCAGCGAGAAGAAGAUGGAAAAUCGCUUUUUUGAAGAAUCGUAUGGCAUCGACUGGGGAGGGUAUAAGACGCCCGGAUGAAGGUUUCAAUUUGUGGCCUACUCCACGGGCUACAAGAAGUGGAAAUAUACGGGGGCAGAUGCAAAGUACGGCUAGGAGCACUUUCCAACCAGCAAAAGCGCCAGAUGGCGCCUCUGAGGAUCAGACGUCUAAGAAGAGGAAGACAACCGCUGGUGAUUCUGAUUUGGCGAGCACGGCUCAAACUAGAAUACAGACUGCAAAGACACCAGACGUCACAUCUGAUGAACAGAGACCUAAAAGGAGGAAGACGACCGGCGGCAAUAUCUCUACUCCAAGAACCCAACCAAGUGCAGCACACGCACCAAGACCAAGACAGCCGAGGGCAAAAACUCAGUUCGUCAUUGACCUAACAGGGGACAGUGACGUAGAGAGGAGGGGGAACCGGCAGAGGCAGGUGUACGUCCCGGUUGACAACUCGAUGUUUGGGGCUUAUGAGAUGACGUACAAUUCGUCGAUGGUGGGGAUGCGAGACCCGGCGGUUGUGGUGGAUGGUGUGAAUGGACCGUUUGCUUAUUGAGAGUUGUGAGUAUGGGGUGUUUUUGGGGAAUUAUGUGCGGCGGUGGAUAUACCAAGG